UAAGUUUUGUUUUUAUCCUUCGGCUUUAUACGUGCCUUCACCAAUUCGCCGGAAGUCGGAAUGCUCCCGCCGGCAUUCAAAUACUCAAAAUUUCGGAAUACUGAGAUUCUCCGAAGCUGAACCCAGCUUGUUUUCCAGUAGCACUUUGAACUGAUCCAAUUCCCUUCUCCUUCGUUGAAUCGUUGAUCUCACUGGGUUAGUCUGAGUUUGGUGAGUUUGCUCAGCAGCAGCUGCUAAACGGUGUCCAAAAAGAGAGGAUUCCGACGGCAAUCGAGAACUGAUCGGAGAUGAUGCGAGCGGUGAUAAUGAUGAACGAUAAAGGCAAACCUCGACUUGUCAAAUUCUACGAACAUCAGCCAAUGGAGAAGCAGCAUGAACUGAUUCGAAAAAUCUAUGCAGUCCUGUGUAGUAGACCUGAGAGCGUGAGCAACUUUGUUAAGGUUGAUUCGUUGUUUGGAUCGGAUGCUCGACUUGUAUACAAGACUUAUGCCACACUGCACGUCAUAUUCAUAUUUGAUGCGUCAGAGAACGAGCUUGCUAUGCUAGAUCUGAUGCAAGUUUUCGUGGAGACACUGGACAAGUGUUUCAGUAAUGUAUGUGAACUUGAUGUAGUAUACAAUUUUAACAAGGUGCAUGCUAUUUUAGAUGAGAUUGUUAUGGGGGGUCAAGUACUCGAGACAAGCUCUUUCGAAGUGGUUAAGGCAGUUGAAGACAUCUCAAAGUUGGAAAAGGGUUCCAAUUCAAUCAUGCUAGUUCCAUCUAUACCUGGAUGGCAAGGUCGAUGACAUACUUCCAAUAAAUGUAGGCUGGUGAGAAGUGCAAAAAGCGCCAAGACUUCAGACUCCUCUUUUGCAUACGGCAUCCAAUAUUCUCACCACUGUUAGACGACACGACUUCAGAUCUUUAUACUUGUAAUUGUUGAGCCGGUCAUUUCUAGAGAACAAUGGAAUCUUGAUUAGAAUCCUCCUUUAAUUUCUUCUUUGUUGCGUCUACAUUCAAGUUUUCCAGAGAGAGAGAGAGUUUGCUUGUGAUUGA